AUGCAGUACGUAUGCAAGAAUCGGGCACAGUCGUACGAGGGGUCGCGCUACGGCGAGGCGAUGCCGUGGCGGCGGUUGCGUGCGCUGCUGGUGUUGCUGGUGCUGGCGGUGUGGGCGCUGCUGGUCGCCGCCGUGGCGCUGGCCGCCUACGCACUCACCUCGCUGCACGGCCACCCCUCCCCGCCCCACUCAUUUGCCGCACUGCCCCUGCCUUCCCUCGUUCCAUUCGUGCAGCCAGUAUUCGUGUCUAUGGCGCCUUUACUGGCGACCGUCAAAGACCAACACCAAAAACAUUACAUCUUGGAGGGCACUUCCUCAAUGUCUAAAUGA